AUGGCGUUGACAAAGCCGGGAGCGGUCCGCAACUCCGGCAUGACGCUGAACGAGUACUUCCACCGAUUCGAAGCCACCGGUAUUUUCAAGCGACUGGACUCUCUUUCAGCUUUAGGCAAAACCAUCAAUGACUUGCCCACCCGUGAGACUGUGGAGGCUAUGAGACGGGACGGAACACCAAAGCAAAAGGCAUCAACCACACCAUCAGGACCCCCAGUGCAGUCGAUGGAAGCCGCCGGCAUCAAAAUAGGAGCGGAUCCGGAUGUUCUCAUGGUCGGGGGAGCUCUUGUCAAGAACGUCUCGUUCCUAGUCAUGCCAAAGCAAGGUGUGGUUAUGGAUGUGCCGAUUCGACCGCUCCCUGCUGCCGUGGAGCCAACCAAGGGCGCUCUGCUUAUGGCGCCGUUGAACACGGAGUCCCCGGUUCUUCUCUUCCCGUCAAACCCGGCGUCAAACCUCACGUUCGUUGAGCACGCAGUGCCCGUCCAGCCAGCCUUGUUGGCCAAUGUGCCCGUCGAGACCCAUUCCACCAUCGUGGCGGCCCCGGUCGACAACUACGUACUCAGCGGUGACCUGGAGGAUUUCUGGGGCAUCAAGGGUCUCACGGCCGAGCUCUACACCUACCAGAGCAGCGAAGAGGGUGCCGGGACGCGCGAAAAAGUGAAACUUAACUCCCUGUCAUGGUCUCGUGAGGAGUCACCACUGGCUACCCUUUUCCCCGAUAUUGAUCUCGAGUCUAUCAAAAAGUUGCGCAUCGUGAACAUUGAGUUUACUUAUACCGACGAGGAAGGUGAUUCCCUGCACCCGCCCGGGAUGCGUCUUGAGGGCGAUGUUGAACUCACCGGUCGGCUGCAGCCCGUGGCCGAGAUGCUUCAGCGAAUCUACGGCAGGGACCAUGCGCCGUCUGAGCUGCACGUUUCGGCAUAUCUUUGUCCCGACAGAGACUGGAAAGUGCCACCCAAGAUCUCGAAGUUGAUUCUCGACGGGUCGUUACCCGAGGCGAAGUUCAAGGCAUGGGACUGGCUGACUUUCCGGUCGGUUGGGGUCGAAAUCACGGCAUUGCAGGUGUCCAAAGAAGAAGAGGAAAACAAGAAGGGUGAUGGUAAGGAUGGUGAAGAGGGAGCUGCUAAGAAGAAAGCAGAUGAACCGACAGAACUUGAGGAACCAACGAAGAUAGAAGAAGACAAGACCGAAGGUAAAAAGGAGUCCAAAGAUGACACCGAUCAGAAAAAGGAAAACUCCGAUGAGAGGCCCUCAAAAACCAAGAAGACCUGGCGAUUCGGCGUCUCUAUUUUGGGAACUGCCAGUAUCACCAACCUGCCCAAGGCCACGAAACCGUUGAUAGUGACAUAUCGGAUGGCAAGAGAUCCCAGGGAAGAAGAGAAGCCGCUCUAUAAUCUUGUCUUGACUGGUAGUGAUUGGAAGGAUGUUUAUGGAGUCAAAAACCUGACGCUGUCCAAGCCGAAAUUUACCACGUCGUUUGAGGCUGGAUCCUUGGCCUCCACCUUUGAGGUGGACGUAUCGGCCACGCUCAGCCUUGCGGACAUCAGUCUCGAUAUCUCGGGAAAGCUCUCUAAGGAGGACUGCUACUUGGACGGAAAGGUAGGGAAGUUUACCUAUCAGCAACUCAUGAAGGUGUACGCGCAGAUUCGUGGCGACCAAAACCUCUCGGUCACUGGAACUGACGCAGCUGGUAACAAUCUGGAGUUCGACGAGAUGCACCUCCGACUGUCCCGGGACACAGACGGGACGGCGCUGGAGCUCUCGGGCCGGGUGAAGUUCAACGAGCAUGUUGCCACGAACGGAUUAAUCAAGGUCGGUACGGCUGGGCUGACCAUCACGGGUGACAUCGCCGAUUUCACAAUCAAAGACACGAGUCUUACGGUGAAGGAAGCGGCGCUGGACAUUGAGGUUGGGUGCAAGCCAGAGGAGGACAAGGGCGAAGACGGUAAGGAAGACGAGAAGAAGGAUGAGAGCACCAAGGCAAAGGAAGACCCCAAAACGAUUGAAGCUCCACAGAAGAAGACAUCAGAAAAUACGGACGAGAACACCGAGGCCAAGGAAGACAAAAUCAACAAAGCGCUCCGCAACCGCAAGAGCAAGUUCUCGGUGACCGGCAUUGUCGAGUUCUCGGGGCGCACCAUCAAAGUAGGCAUGUACACGGAGCGUCAGGCGAAAUCCAAGGAACGCGAGUGGCUCGUAUACGGGGUGUUGGGCCGACUCGACUUGUAUGAGCUCUUUCACGAUCUCAAGGGUUCCCAAUUUAACUGGACCCUGCGAAAUGUGGCUUUUCUAGCGGCGUCACAGGAGUACGAGGAAACCAACGAAAUCAACGUGCUGGGCUAUGAUAUCCACAAAGGGGUCUCGCUAUGUGCGAGUAUUACACCCCCGGAGCAGAUCAAAGAUCUCCAAAGCAAGAAGGAUCCCCCAUUCUCCGCUCUGACGCUCGCAGUCACGUACAGCAACGAAACCUUCACGGUUUCCCUCGACCUGCCGCCAGAAUUCGCCGUGAGUGUUCCCCGUGUGUCGCUCCUCCUGCCCGGUAUUAUGACCCAAACUAUCAAUCGGAAGUCUAACGUAAUCACACUUCAGGUCGAUCUGCCCUCGCACCGGCCCGUGGCCAGGCUUGAAGAGUUCAACGUUGGCCUCAAGAUUUCCAAGGAGCCCGAGCUGGCCUUGGGGGCCACGCUAAAGAUCUUUUUGAAGGACCAAGCUCCGUUGAAGAUCACUGGGUCGAUCGAGGGCGGUCCUAUCCACGCGGGUGGUUCGCUAUAUACCAACACCCCAUGGAAGAAUCCAUUCGGCCUCAAUGAGCGGCUCACCCUGUCUGACCUGGGAGUCAUGAUCAAGUUUGCCUAUGCCACCGUCCUGGAAGUUGGCCCCUCGGAACUUGGGUUAAGCGCAAAGAUCAAUAUCGAUAAGUUCGAGGCCAGCGCGAAAAUGGUCAUCGGCAGUGAGGAUGAAGAAAUGCUCUCUGUGGAUAUCUCCGAAAUCAACGUUGCCCAGAUUAUCCGCUUCGCAGGCAAACUCACAGGCAUUGAAGCUCUGAAAGCCAUAGAAGACGGGCAUGAUUUCCUGACAUUCCAGGAUGCCAAGAUAUACUUCUCAACGGGUGUUGUGUUCCAGGCGAAGCUAUACCCUAGGGGCAUCAUCGUCAGUGGCAAGAUGAAAGUCUUCGACAAGAAAGGCGACUUCCAUGCGAACAUUGAUGAUAAAGGAGUGAACAUUCACGGCGCGAUUGACAACUUUGCAAUUGGGGGGCUUGAAGUUCGGUCAGCCACCACCGACGGCAAACAGGCGACGCUCGACGUGGAAAUGACCGAGGAAACGCAGGAAAUCAAGAUCAACGGGAUGAUCAGCUACAAUGACAUUAAGAUCUUGGUAUUAGUCAAUGUUGCGAUGCUGGAAAAUCCGGCGCUGUUCGACGCUCACCUGUUGGUUGAGUUUACUGAGAAGUUCACCUUCGACCUCCUUGCUGAAGCCGAUAUUGGCGCCGUCCGGAAGUUGUCUGAGGUAGAUCUGGAAUUUACGGCCAUAGUAAAAGGGGAUCUGCUGGACUUGAUCUGCACUGGUGUCCACACCUUCCUGGAUACAAUCAAGGAGGCUGCCGACAAGGAAUUCGAACAAAUUGAAAACGAGAUCAAGGGGGAACUGGCUACGAAAGCGAAAGAGCUCGCUCGAAAGAAGGAGACCCUAGAGCAGCUAAAAAUCCAAGCCAAGGAGGAUGAUGCAAAAAGCCAACAGGAACUACAAAAUAUCAUAGCUGAACAGCAGAAGCUGCAGGAGGAGCUGGGCAAACUAAAGCAGGACGUGACAAAUGCAAAGGCCAAUAGAGACGAAGCCGAGAAGAAGCUCAGAAACGCGAUAAGGCAGCAGAAGCAGAAGCGGGACCAGAAUAUUCAACGAAAACGCGAAGAAUAUAACCAGAAGCUAAAGCAACUGCAGCAGCAAGAGCAAGACUUACGGAUCGAAAAGUCCCAGCUUGAUAGGGAACACGAAAGCCAGUACGGCCCACUGGUACGCGCCGCUCAAGAGGCGGAAAAGGACAAAGCAGAAGCUGAAACGAGCGAGAAAGAAUACCAGGAGGAGAUGAACCAUUGGCAACGUGAACUUGAUAAUUCCUCCUUUCCUUGGGACAAGGCAAAUUAUGAAUUGAAAUUGCGCGCUGCUGAAUUUAACCGCGACCGUGAAGCACUUGCAGCGAAGACAGCCUUUUUAAGACAUAUCGACUCGCUUGACUUCAUGUUGAGCGUAGUGUACAAGGCAUUGAAAGAAAAAAUUGACGCUGCAGCCAACGAACUCGAGAAGGUGUCCAGAUCGGUACAGGCGCUUUUGAGCCAGGGGGUAACCGGAUUCAUUGCGGAGGUGCAGCAAGAUGGGGAUGAGGAAGUUCGGAAGGAGGAACGCAAACUUGACAUCCUUCUAGAUGGCAAUUCAAAGGAGCAACAGGCCAUCCGGGAAGCGCAGAAAAUUCUUGAUGACAAAAGCCCGGACAUUUUCCGAAGGAUUCAUGCUGCUGAUGAUAAAAUUAGAAAGAUCCACCAGGACACUGAGCUGAAGGUGGUCUGGAAUGACUACAACUCCGAAUUCAAGGCAUAUAAACAGCUAGAGAGCACAGUCCAUGGCCUUGAGGGGUGUCUGCAAACAGUCCGUGAGAACUUUGACAAUGGCAUAAAAGUGCUCUAUGGUGGAAUUGAAGCCUUGCACCGCGUCAUGCCACGCAUCAUCAAGAUCGAAGCCCAGGCCAGCUCCGGCGCCCUCAAGGAACACAAGCCGAUUUUUUUGACCAUCACGGCCGUGGUGGCGGACAACCAGAAGUCCUUUCGGGUGCACUGGAGACCCAACUCAAAGUUCAACCCCAGUGAUCUGUACAAGACAAUUGGUGAUACAGCCUUAAAGCUUUUCUAUACUUGA